AUGCGUUUGAGAGGUGAAGCGCCUCCAGAGGCGCUUCACCUGUCGACGCGAUUCACCCCGAAUCGCAGGGGUUUCGGGGUCCGCGAUUCACCUCGACGCAAAGUGAAUCGCGUCAGUGAAUCGCAGGGUGAAUCGAAUCGCAAGACUAAACAUACGACCCUCCAUGCGCAACAAGGAGCUCCAAUCGGACAGAUGUGGACGGAUACUUUGCCGAAGCGCAAGAGGUCGAAUAACAAGAAACUCCUGAAGAGAUUUGAUUGUAAGCAACAGCAAGGAGGUCGGUCUGCGAAGAAAGCAUUUCAAACCACUUACGCACACGAAAUUAGGGCCAAGAGCACUCAUAACUGCGUGGCGAUGUCUGGGGGGCAUGCCUUCUCGACACACGAAAUGAAUUUAUCCAGUACCCCGUGCUUGUCGCAUAUACAGAAGUCAAGGCUUGCACCGCAGUUGAACCCGUCGAAGGCAUCAUCGUAA